UAGACUUUGUAUUAGCUGCAGGGCUUUCGGCCUCUCUUUCUUCAUUUCUCCCUUAAAGAGAACCAGCAGGAAUAUAAAGCAGCCUUCAGAUCUGUCUGGACUGCUUGUUGGAGGAAACUGAGGAAACUUUUCUCCCUGAGAGUCUCACCUGUCCCUGUAGAAAAAAAUGAGUGACAUGCUGGACGAGGGCUCUUUCAUGUUCACGUCGGAGUCCGUAGGAGAGGGACAUCCAGACAAGAUCUGUGACCAGAUCAGUGAUGCUGUCCUGGACGCUCACCUGAAACAGGACCCUGAUGCCAAAGUGGCCUGUGAGACGGUGUGUAAGACUGGCAUGGUGUUGCUCUGUGGAGAGAUCACAUCUCGAGCCAACGUGGACUACCAGAGGGUGGUGAGAGAUGCCAUCAAACACAUCGGCUACGACAACUCUGACAAAGGUUUUGACUAUAAGACGUGUAAUGUGCUGGUGGCUCUGGAGCAGCAGAGUCCGGACAUUGCUCAGGGUGUCCACAUUGACAGACAGGAGGAGGACAUUGGAGCAGGAGACCAGGGUCUGAUGUUCGGCUACGCUACAGACGAGACAGAGGAGUGCAUGCCUCUCACCAUCGUCUUAGCCCACAGACUCAACUCAAAGAUGGCUGAACUCAGACGAAACGGCGUCAUCCCCUGGCUGCGUCCUGACUCUAAAACACAGGUGACAGUACAUUAUGACCAGAAGGACGGAGCUGUGAUCCCAAAGAGAGUUCACACCAUCGUGAUCUCUGUGCAGCAUGAUGACUGCAUCUCUCUGGAGGAUCAGCAGAGGGUCCUGAAGGAGAAGGUGAUCAACGCUGUUGUUCCUGCUAAAUAUUUGGAUGACAAGACCAUCUACCACCUCCAGCCCAGCGGUCGCUUCGUCAUUGGAGGACCUCAGGGUGAUGCUGGUGUGACAGGCAGGAAGAUCAUUGUAGACACAUACGGAGGUUGGGGCGCUCACGGUGGUGGAGCUUUCUCCGGCAAAGACUUCUCAAAGGUGGACCGAUCUGCUGCCUACGCCGCUCGCUGGGUGGCCAAGUCUCUGGUCAAAGCCAAACUGUGCAGGAGAGUUCUGGUGCAGGUGUCUUAUGCAAUCGGAGUGGCCCAACCUUUGUCCAUCUCCUUGUUCACCUACGGUUCCUCCCAGAAAACAGAGUCAGAGCUGCUCCAGAUUGUCAACAAGAACUUUGAUCUGCGGCCAGGAGUCAUUGUCAGGGAACUGAACCUGAAGAGGCCGAUCUACCAGCAGACAGCCUCUUAUGGCCACUUUGGUCGACCAGAGUUUAGCUGGGAGGUGCCCAAAAAGCUUGUCUACUAAAUACUCCACCUGCUCAUCCUGAUCGACUCACCUGGAGGCUGAACGAGAUGCCUCUUUGUGUGCUACGACUGCCAGCUCCGUCAACCUAUAGGACAUUUUUUAACAGGAAAAACUAAAGCCAAAGUUAGGGAUAAGUCAGCUUUAAAGAGGUGAGAAGAUAAUUAUAUGCACGGGUGGUUGUAGCCAACGGACAUAUAAUGGGACAAUGAGUAGAGAGACACUGCAGAGGACAUCUCAGUACAGUAACCAAUCCUUUCCCCUCCUGUCCUUAAACAUCCAGUUAUUGGUGCUUUAGAAAUAUACGGUACAAUCACUAGUUAAAGAUCUUCCCUGGUGACGUAAAGGAACACAACAGCAAUUAAAAUCCUCUGAAGAUAAAAACUUCUACCCCACUAGAAGCAGUGUUUUACCUCAAAGCUGCAAAUGUUCCUUUACAUGACCAGUUUGACGUACAGAAACAACCUCAGCGUUCAGAUGCUACUGACAACAGCAAGUAUUUCAUCAUUGAACGAAUGUCAGAAGUGUAAUUAUUGCUCAACCAAAGGCUCUGCUUUAGGAGAAAACUUGUAAAAUUCCUUUCCCAAGUCUUAUUUUGGAAUGAGUGCUGCAGGAAGCUGUUUGUAUGGUUACAAUCACCAUCGUACAACUACACAGGUCAUUAAGAUGCGGAGAGAGCUCUUAUGUUACAAUCAAUCAAAUGUAAAAUAGCCAUGCAGUCUUAUGUUUUCAUACAGCUGCUCUCUUCUGUCAUCCUUUCAGCCCUGCUGCUUUUAUUGCCGCACAGCUCACCUGGUGGCUGAUUUGUAUCUUUACAUGUAUUCUUUUUUUUUUUUUUUACCUGCAGGUCUGUUGCUGUGAGUCUGUAGAUGUGAUUCUUUUUAGCAAUUAACUUGAAGUCUCUUCUUUCUUUGCUCUCUGCAGUGGAUCACCAAGAUGUAGCUGUUGGGAGUAAAGCAUUAAGUACACCUCUGAUGUCUUAGAAUUGCUGCAUUUUUACAACAUAAACCCUUGGUAUGCAGCUCUCCUAUAUAUCUUAUCUCCCUUCUUGCUCAAUGUGAAGUUUGCUUUGCAGCUCUAUAUCGCAGGCCGAGACCCUUCCCCACAGAUAAUGUUUAUUGAAAUAUAUUUCUUAACAGGGCAUUUAAGAAUAUUAACUUUAAGUCAGCUUUCGUUUGCUUAAUCACAAAGUAUUUAAUUUUUUUUCUAAUGGGA